AUGGGCGAACCCAGCAGCUUGCUUUUGCAAUUACCUUCGAAUGCAUAUCAUGUCAGUCUGGCGGCAUCCCACAUCUGCCAGUGGCUCUUCGCCCUUCGCAGCUACGGCGAGGCCGAGGCUCGUCUCGCCGUGACCGCCAGCGACAAGGACAACUCAUGCCUCGUGUUGGCCGCCGCCAAAGCCGUGUUCGGAAAGCGUAGACUCGCCUUGGAGACGGCUCGAUCGGCUCUUCAGCUGGCCGAUCGUAGAGUGACGAGUUGUCGGGACAAAUUUGAUCAGAUCCAACAGGAGGUCAAGGUCGGCUAUCUCCAAAAACGUGUGCAUUUUCUUCAUCUUUCUUUGACGAAGUCACUGUCUGUUGCUUAA